CCUCGGCCUCCUCUCCCCCCACCCGCGCCGCGCCCCUCCCUCCCGACGGCAGUUGCCGCCACUCGCCGCCGGCCAACCCUAUCCAAUGCAAACCUAAGGGGCCUCUCCUUUUGACCUAACCCGAUGCUCGCCUACCCUACCACAUCGAGCCCGUGGCCGCCGCGCCACCACGGCGCCGCCGCUGCCCCCGCCGCGCGGCGGCACAUGGCGGCUGCGGCAGCCAGGGGAAAGAGGCGGGGCGCGGGUGCCGCGGCGGCGGAAGGGGCGGACGAGGCCGCCGAGGCGGCGGACCUGGUGCGGUUCUUCCUCCGGAGGACGAGCGGCGGCAAGGAGCGGCUCGUGGCCGUGCUUGACCGCCACGUGAAGGUGGUCCGCACCGAGCACUGCUUCCUCCUCUUCGAGGAGCUCGGCCGCCGCGACGGCUGGCUCCAGUGUCUCGAGGUUUUCAGAUGGAUGCAGAAACAAAGGUGGUAUGUUGCUGAUAACGGCAUAUAUUCGAAGCUGAUAUCUGUGAUGGGAAGGAAAGGCCAGAUACGGAUGGCAAUGUGGCUGUUCUCUCAGAUGCGGAACAGUGGGUGUAGGCCGGACACUUCAGUGUAUAAUUCUCUUAUCGGCACACAUUUGCAUUCGCGAGACAAGAGCAAGGCUUUGGCGAAAGCUCUCGGCUAUUUUGAAAAGAUGAAGACUAUUGAUAGGUGCCAACCAAAUAUUGUGACAUAUAACAUUCUCCUAAGAGCUUUUGCUCAGGCUGGUGACACAAAACAGCUAGACAUCUUGUUUAAGGAUCUGGAUGAAAGCCCUGUCUCUCCUGAUAUCUAUACCUACAAUGGAGUCAUGGACGCUUACGGGAAGAAUGGCAUGAUCACAGAGAUGGAAUCUGUGCUAGUACGGAUGAAAAGCAAUCAAUGUCGUCCAGAUGUAAUCACAUUCAACAUACUCAUAGAUUCUUACGGGCGAAAGCAGGCAUUCGAUAAGAUGGAGCAGGUGUUCAAGAGCUUACUACGAUCAAAGGAGAAGCCUACACACCCAACUUUCAAUUCCAUGAUAACCAACUACGGGAAAGCGAGACUCAGGGAGAAAGCAGAGUGUGUGCUUGAUAAGAUGACUGAAAUGGGAUUCAAACCGAACUAUGUGACACAAGAAUGUCUAAUCAUGAUGUAUGCAUAUUGUGAUUGUGUCUCAAGGGCCAGACAGAUAUUCGAUGAGCUUGUGAGCUCACAAAAUAAUGUACACCUGUCAUCAGUGAACGCAAUGCUUGAUGCGUACUGCAUGAACGGCUUGCCCAUGGAAGCAGAUCAGCUGUUAGAUUCUGUAAUUAAGAAAGGUGCUGUGCCCAGUGCUUCCACAUACAAAUUGCUUUACAAGGCCUACACCAAAGCAAACGACAAGAAGCUUAUUCAGAAGUUGCUCAAACGGAUGAACUCACAGGGUAUUGUUCCAAAUAAAAAGUUCUUCUUGGAUGCUUUGGAGGCAUUUGGCAACACUGACAAGAAACCCCGGACGGUACCCAGCAAAAACUCUGCAAGCAAGCCAGAUGUGGAGUCCGCAAACAAUUCUGGAACUGACACUUCAAGCAAGCCAAAUUUAAGCGUUUGGCAAGUUGCUGCGUGAUGGGGCGGUCAGUUAGUUCUUACAAGCUCAUACUCUGCGUUGCCUGACAGCACGGAGAAUGCAAUUAAUUUAUCUCUAAAACUGUCUAUAGCAGUAUCUUUGGAGAUACGAGCGAUUGAUUGGCUCAUAACGCAGUUUUCUUUAUGUGAAUGCUGAGAUCUUUUGUGCGUCGGCUAAUGCUGCUUGUAGUCUUGUAGAUUUCAUAGUUGUGUUGUAAAAUCAGCAUAGGGGUUUCUUUUUUUUCCUUCUUUUUUGUUCAGCUCCUCUUUCGUAUAGCUGCAAGCCUGCAAUUCUGUCUGUCAGUAACCUUGAGGUUUCUGAAGUAUCGCUUCUCAUUGUUGUUCGCA